UUGCGAUCUUAUGUUGAAUGAGGUGGUUGUUUGCAAGGCAAGUCUAAUGACGGUCACAGGCGCUCAGAAUCUGCUACUGGGGGAGGUCACUUGCGGGUCUUUAUUGCAGCAAUUACAGCAAAUAUGGGAUGAGGUUGGGGAGAGCGAUGAGGAACGGGAUAAAAUGUUGCUACAGUUAGAGCAAGAGUGCUUGGAUGUUUACAAGAGGAAAGUUGACCAGGCUUCAAAGUCGAGGUCACAACUUCUCCAGGACUUGGCUGAUUCAAAGUCUGAGCUCUCUCAUCUUCUCUCUGCCCUUGGGGAAGAAUCUUUUGCUGGAGUACCUGACGAGUCCACAGGUACGAUCAAGGAGCAACUUGCAGCCAUAGUACCUAUUUUGAAGCAACUAUGGAAGCAAAAGGAGGAGAGAAUAAGGGAGUUUGUUGAUGUACAGUCACAGAUUCAGAAAAUAUGUGGUGAGAUAGCUGGGAAUUUAAAAACAAAUGAGCCACUGGGGAAACCUAUUGUUGAUGAGGAUGAUCUGUCCUUGAAGAAGCUAGAUGAGUUUCAGUCUCAACUCCAAGAACUUCAGAAAGAAAAGAGUGAUCGGCUACACAAAGUUCUCGACUUCGUGAGCACAGUUCACGAUCUAUGCGCUGUCCUGGGGAUGGAUUUCUUUAGCAUCAUUACUGAGGUACAUCCCAGUUUAAACGAUUCUAUCGGUGUACAGUCCAAGAGCAUAAGCAACGACACUCUAUCCAGGCUGGCUAAGACAGUUCUAGUACUGAAAGAAGACAAGAAGCAGAGGCUGCAAAAGCUUCAAGAGCUAACGGCGCAGCUGUCAGAUCUUUGGAAUCUAAUGGAUACUCCUAUGGAGGAGCGGAGUUUGUUUGAUCAUGUUACCUGUAAUAUGUCAGCUUCUGUUGAUGAGGUCACCGUCCCUGGGGCCCUUGCUCUUGACCUGAUUGAGCAGGCGGAGGUGGAAGUUGAAAGGCUGGAUCAGUUGAAGGCAAGCAAGAUGAAGGAGAUUGCACUUAAGAAGCAAACAGAGCUUGAAGAGAUAUAUGCUCGUGCUCAUAUAGAAAUCGAUUCAGAGGCUGCCCAAGAAAGAAUAAUGGCUCUGAUUGAUUCUGGGAAUGUUGAACCCUCUGAAUUACUAGCUGACAUGGAUAAUCAGAUAGUCAAAGCGAAAGAAGAAUCCCUCAGCAGAAAAGAAAUAUUGGAGAAGGUUGACAAAUGGAUGUUAGCAUGCGAAGAAGAGAGUUGGCUUGAAGACUACAAUCGGGAUGAAAACAGGUAUAACAGUAGCAGAGGUGCGCACCUGAACCUCAAACGUGCAGAGAAAGCUCGCGUUUUGGUAAACAAAAUUCCAGCUCUUGUCGAUACCUUGGUGGCCAAGACUCGGGCAUGGGAGGAGGAACGUGGCUUGUCGUUUGUGUAUGACGGCGUUCCGCUGCUUGCCAUGCUAGAUGAAUAUGCCUUGCUCAGGCAGGACAGAGAAGAAGAGAAGCGUAGAAUGAGGGAUCAGAAGCGGUUCCAUGAACAACUAAACACGGAGCAGGAAGCUAUCUUUGGUGCAAGGCCAAGCCCGAACCGGCCGCUUGGGCCGAAGAAGGUCUUGGGCCCACGUGCCAAUGGAGGGGCAUCCAAUGGGACACCCAACCGUAGGCUCUCUCUGAACGCAAAUCAGAACGGCAGCAACGGUGUCCGGUCAAGUAAAGAUGGGAAGAGGGACAAUAAUAACCGGCCAACAGCUCCCGUGAACUAUGUCGCCAUCGCAAAAGAGGAUGCAGAAUCGCAUGUGUCUGGUAACGACCAAUCUCCAGCUUCACCUUGACAGCUGUUAUUACUUAGGACAUAAUGUAGUAGUUUUACUUCAGUCUGUGAUAUUUGUAUUGGUUUAGUUCCUAAACUAGGGGAACCAUGUUUUGCAUAGUGGGGAAUAUUUAUAAGCUUUUCGCAAGCGUUAUUUAUGAUAAUUUCCGCGUUGAGGUGGGAGAA